AUUCAUUGCCGAGUUUCCUCUCUGUUUAUACCGAACUAACCUUACCUUAUUUCGUUCUGCGCAGGAUAGACGACGUGUGAGUGUCAGAUUAAUAAGAUUUCAUAAGGUUUCUGUUUGUUUCUAGGUUUACGUGCGUAAACUUAUAAUUCUAACAGAAUAAUGGCUGGAAAGCAAGAAAAAGAAAAAUUAGAUUGGGUGUUAUUACAAGAAAGUUCAUAUGACGUUGAAAGUAGCAGUGAGAAAUUUGUGCGAAAAUUGGGAGAUAAUCCUCUUGUACCAAUCGGUUGUCUUGCUACUGUCGUUGCGUUAUCAUUUGGACUUUUUAACUUCUACAAAGGAAACAAACAAAUGCAGCAAUAUAUGAUGCGUGCCCGUGUCGCUGCACAAAGCUUUACAAUCAUAGCUAUGAUUGCUGGUCUUGGUUUAGCCGCAUCAAAGGAAUGAAAUUAAAAUUUUUUUUAGUGUCAAUAGUGUCACACUUUUGGUAUUAAAAAUAAAAAGUUAAGAGAUUAACAUGUACAAAACAUCCGUUUUUGGAAUAUUAGAAGAGAACGACUUGGAUGUUGUUUAGCUGCUGUUUAUAAUAACGUUUUCAAGUAAUGUAUUAAAAGUUUAUUUCAGAA